AGCAACAACAGCAACAACAAAAACAUCAACAACAACAGCAACAAUACCUACAACAAAAACAACAACGACAAGACUCGCAACUACAAUUUCAAUCACAAACGCAGCAACACCACACUCCAAUUAAACUUCCACAACCACAUUUUCAACCGCAGCAUCGGCAACAAUUUCAAUAUCAACAUCAACCUCAACAGCAAUAUUCACAGCAACAAAAUCUGUCUCAAAUGCAACAAUGUUUGCAACAUCAGAAACAACAACCACGUUGUCAAACGCCACAUCCACAGCAAUGUUUGCAAAAACAAUAUCAGCAACAAUCUCAUCAACAAGAAACACAACACUUCCAACAACAGCAACAACAGUGCCAACAACAAGACCUACCACACGAGCAGCAUUACUGUCAGCAGCAACAACAACAACAAUCUCAACAGCAACCGCCAACACAAGAUCAACAAUAUUUUCCGCAUCAUCAACGAGACCACAGUCAACAACAUCUACCGCAGCAUGAAACUUGUUUGCAACAACCACAGCAGCAACCACCGAAUCCGCAUCAGCAAAAAUAUUUCAAGCAGCUGCAACCGUCGCAGCAACAAAACUUCCGACCAAAUCACGCCACAACAACAGCAAAGAAUAAAAAAAUACCAAGAGACGACGCUCAACAAUCAAACCUACCGGAGAUUCAAGUGUGCGAUUCAUCGCUCUGCCUAA